AUGACCGUCACUUCCCAACCACAAAGCGGCGACUGGAAAUACGGCCUCUUCGGCUGCUGCGGCGACGUAAAAACCUGCUGCUUCGUUUACUGCUGCAGUUGUCUUUCUCAAAAGCGAGUUGCCGAGUCUCUGGGCGGCAAUGGAAUGGCCAUGUGUCUUCUUCACUUUUGCUUUGCUCCGUGCAUUACUUUCUUGCAUCGCGGCCAGCUGAGAGCGCGGGACGGAAUUGAUGGGGGAAUGCUCGGUGACAUCCUGGCCGUCUGCUGCUGCACCCUGUGCGCCAUGGUCCAGCAAGAUCGCCAAGUCAAAGACUAA